ACAAGGUGAAGUUUACAACUUUUCUUCGUUUUAUCAUUUUCUUCAAGAAAAUGUCUUUUGAAGAAUCAUGGCCGACUGCCAUCGAGGAGCGAACCAGCAACGUCGAACGACCGUCAUCCGACCGGAGUGGUUUUGAUCCGAAUACCGGAAUUUACCAUUCACUGCUUCAACUUGGCGACAAUUUCCAAAUCCCAUCUAGAAAUGACUUAGACACUUGCAAGUAUGUAUUGUCUCAAUUUCCCCAUCCUGACCACGCUGAAUCCAGAGUUGCACUUAUUGAUUCAGCUACUAACUACCAAGUCACCUAUGCACAACUCGACCGAUCAAUCCGAGCCCUAGCCUCCGGCUUGUACCAUGGACUUGGGGUCCGAAAAGGCGACGUGGUGUUCGUUCUGUCGCCAAACUUGAUCCUAUAUCCAACCAUUUGUCUAGCUGUGUUUUCUAUAGGAGCAAUCCUCAGUCCUGCCAAUCCAAUCAACACACAAUCAGAAAUAGCCAAGCAGAUACUUGACUCAGGUGCUAAACUUGUCAUCUCAGCACCAGAGGAGCUGCAUAAGGUUACAAAAACUGGGGUGCCUACACUACUUACAACUCGAAUAUCUAACGAGGAUUCUCUAUCCAUCGAAGAAUUAAUCGAAUCCUGUGAUCCUGCAGAGUUCCCACAAGUCCAGAUAAAUCAGUCAGAUAUUGCAGCUGUACUAUACUCUUCAGGAACUACAGGCAUAAGCAAAGGUGUGAUAUUAACACAUUCAAACUUCAUAGCUAUAAUGAUACUCCUGAAAUGGUCAGUGUAUGCAACUUCAUCUCAAAAUGAUGUGUUCCUGUGCUUCAUUCCAAUGUUUCACAUAUACGGGCUCGCAUUUUUCGGGUUAGGAUUAUUCAGUGCAGGGAUCACAACUGUGUUAAUGCAAAGAUUUGAUCUACAAGCAAUGCUUGAUGCAAUUCAAGCUUACAAAGUUAAUAACUUACCUGCAGUGCCUCCCGUGAUACUUGGGCUAGUGAAACAUGUUAGCAAGUUAAGGUGUGAUUUGUCAUCUUUAAGAAGAGUUGGCUCAGGAGCUGCUCCUUUGAGCAAGGAACUGACUGAAGAGUUCAGGGAGAUGUUUCCAUGGGUGGAGCUCCGGCAGGGAUAUGGGUUAACAGAAAGCUGUGGUGCUGCGACUUUUUUUGUCUCCGACGAGCAAGCUAAGGCACAUCCAGGUUCCUGUGGAAGAUUAAUACCAACUUUUAAUGCUAUGGUAGUAGAUAUUUCAACAGGAUUUGCUUUAUCACCUCGUAAGGAAGGAGAAAUAUGGAUAAAAAGCCCUACUAUUAUGAAAGGAUACCUGCAAAAUGAGGAAGCUACUGCUGCUAUGCUUGAUUCUGAUGGGUGGCUGAAAACUGGCGAUCUUGGUUAUUUUGACGAAGAUGGGUUUCUUUACAUUGUUGAUAGGAUCAAGGAGCUUAUCAAACAUAAUGGGUAUCAGGUUGCUCCAGCAGAAUUGGAAGCAAUACUUCUGAAUCAUCCCCAAGUAAUUGAUGCAGCAGUUAUACCUCUUGAAGAUGAAGAAUCAGGGCAGAUACCUAUGGCAUAUGUAGUCAGAGCAGCUGGUUCUGAGCUCACUGAGGAACAGAUCCUUCAAUUUGUUGCUAACCAGGUUGCCCCAUACAAGAAAGUUAGGAGAGUAGCAUUCAUCAGUGCAAUUCCAAAGUCAGCUGCAGGCAAAAUCCUGAGGAAAGAACUUGUUUCACAUAGCCAACUUCAAAAAAUUUCAAAGAUGUAGUUUUGUGCCUUUUCAUUUCCAGGAAAGCAGAGGAAGUUUCUCCAGAAACAAGCACGUUGAGUACCAUAAACAUGAUAUGAGCAGACCUAUGACAUAAACUAUUAGCAGAUAUGAUUGGAAAAAAGGAAAACAGUUUAUUAGAAAAA